AUGAUUUGCACCAGAGUUUCCAACAUUUCUAGGUUAUUAGGCCUGAGACUGAAUCAAAAUGCGGUUGCCAGGAGAGCAUUCACAGCUUCGACUUCCCUAAGAGCCAAUACACUGAUGGAAACAAGUGGGUUUUCAGAAACACAACUGGAGGUUCGAGAAGCCAUUGCCAAAAUUUGCUCAAAAUAUCCUGAUGAAUAUUGGGCGAAGCGUGAUGAAACUGGUGAAUAUCCUCACGAUUUACAUCGUGAUCUAGCAAAGGGUGGAUGGAUCGGCAUUGCCCUUCCGGAAGAACUUGGAGGAUCGGGUCUUGGAAUCUCAGAAGCCACGAUGCUUUUGCAGACCAUAUCUGAGAGCGGUGGAGGCAUGGCUGGUGCCCAAAACGUUUAUGCUACCCAACCCGUCGCGAAAUUUGCGACGGCCUCGCAACGUCAAAGAAUGUUACCCAAGUUGAUCGACGGUACCUGGCGAGCGUGUUUUGGAGUCACCGAGCCGAACACUGGUUUGGACACUCUCAAGCUCAGAACCCGAGCUACGCGUGAAGGCGAUACUUACAAAAUAUCGGGUCAGAAAAUAUGGAUUUCCUCAGCACAGGUCGCGACAAAGAUGGUGCUGUUGGCUAGAACUACUCCAUUGGGAGAAGUGACAAAGCCUUCUGAAGGGUUAUCCCUUUUCUUCAUCGAUUUCGAUCCUAAACAGCCCGGUCUCGAACUCAAGAAAAUCAAAAAGAUGGGCGGGCGUGCUAUUGAUGCAAACGAAGUUUUCUUCGACAAUUACAUUGUCGAUAGUGAUUCAUUAAUCGGCAAAGAAGGGCAAGGUUUCAAAAUUGUACUCCAUGGCAUGAACGCUGAACGAUGUCUCUUGGCAGGCGAAGCACUAGGUCUCGGGUAUGCUGCCUUGUACCGAGCUUCCCAGUAUGCAAAAGAAAGAAUCGUUUUCGGCCGGCCUAUAGGUAUGAAUCAAGGUAUUCAGCAUCCAUUGGCCGACGCAUACAUGCACCUCGAAGCCGCAAAGUUGGCAACUUAUCAUGCUGCGAAAUUGUAUGAUAGCUCGACAACGGAUGAGACAAUAACCCAGGCAGCUGUUGGUGUUGCGUGCAACAGUGCAAAGUAUCUAGCAGCUGAAGCAGCCUUUACUGCCUGUGAAAGGAGCGUGUUAAGUUUGGGCGGUAUGGGCUAUGCCCAGGAAUAUCAUGUUGAGAGAUACUUGAGAGAGUGCUUUGUUCCAAGAAUUGCACCAGUUUCAAGGGAAAUGAUCAUGAAUUAUGUUGGAGAGAAGGUUCUUGGCCUGCCUAGAAGUUACUGA